AUGGAUCACUUGAAGUGCGUUUUGUCGCAGGCGCCGCACAACGGUUUGCCUCAGAACAAGUUGUGUCGAAUCUUCGGUCCACUGCUGUCUUGCACUAGCGUCUCGUCGUCCGUGAAGGCAAAGGAAACCGUGGACCUGCUCGAUUACAACCUAGCGGCUAGGACUCUCAGCACCGUGCUCGAACUCUGGCCUUUUCGGUCAAGUAAGUUGUCGGCUGACGUUGUAUUUCUACACUUCACAAUUUACAGCUGA